AUGCUCAAAGCCGACGGCGAUGAGACUGCAUCGAUCCGGCCUCGAAGGCAUUAUCGUUUUUACUUUCAAGACGGCAAUGUGAUCUUCCAAGUGGAAGACGUCCUCUUCAAUGUGCACCGUUACUUCUUUCAACAAUACUCGAGUGCCUUUGAAGGCAUGUUUCUCAGCAAGCCUGUCGAGGGAGAGCCGCUAGAAGGCAGCGCAGAUGAGAAUCCCAUCAUACUCGGACAGAUCAGCGUGCAGGACUUCGAGCGGCUUCUUUGCAUAAUGUACCCUAGUGGAUUCGCGCACUAUGAGCUCACAACAACGAACGAGUGGACGUCUGUCCUCCGCCUCGCUCACAUGUGGCAAUUCGACAGCAUUGUGAGCUUUGCGGCGAAGCGACUUCCUGAAGUUGGUUAG